AUGGCGAUGUUUACCACCCAAACAAGUGAGCCAGAUGUUUCAAAGUUUCCCACCGUUGACACAAUUGACGAGUUUUCGAAGGUGUUGACCGAUUACGGAACUGCCUUUAGCGAUGUUUCAUGCUUUACAAAGGAGCUUGUGGCCCCUAUUGUGCUACCGGAGGGUAAAACGGUUCUGGACGUGUUCAGGGUUUGCUUUGACGACAACGCCUCUCUCCUGGAGGAGUAUCAUACGGCGCGAAAGGACACUAACCAAAAGUGGGAACCAUGGCGGCUUGCGAAGACGGGCAGCCCUCGCUUUUCUGGUCAAAGAUUGUUUACGUGUACGACGAUAAUUAGGGCGUUGGUUUCCAAGGCGUGUCCAUUUACAGAAUACCAGCGUUACGCAUUUAUGAACAUUGGGGGCAAGGAGCCAACCUUGGUUGUGCAGCUUUCAGGGCAGGCCGAGGGUGUUAUGUUUGCUGACGCGUUCCGUGCGGAGACGUUGCUGAUUUUUACUCAGUUAGGUGCAAGCGUUACAAUGCGUGCUUUGGGUCACGUCCAGUUCCUUCGGGAUGUGUGGAUUAAGGGUAAAAUUCUGCGUACUUCGCUCAAUACGGAAAUGCCAGAAUGCUAUCGGAAAUUGGGGUAUAUGCUGAUAGAACGACUUAUACAAGGCGGUGGGAUAUCAGUUAUUGAAAGAGUAACAGAGAAUUUAAAGGAAUCGGCUUCUCUGGGGGCAAUAUCAUUGUCAGCAAUGUCCACAGAAAAAUGUUCAGUUCGAUCUGAGAUUGUUUUGUAUGGGGGCCGUGUGUUUUUAGGAUUGCUUGGUUUGAUAACUUGCUUGGUUGGUCUUUUUUCUGUGUUUUUGAUGGAAUUUGAUGGUAGUACGUUUCUGUCCCAAGGUGCCUCCAAGGAAAGUCUGGCAGUCGUUCAUUUGGUGAAGAUUAUGUUUGAAUUUCUUCGACCUAUUGUAAUGUCUGCCCUUGGUGUAGGAGUAUUGGCAUUUUAUAGAUUGACUAGCGAUACUUUGUGUUUGACAGGCUGA